CCCAAACAUAUAUAAAGGCCGUCUGUCUAAUGACGAGGUAUAUUGAUUAUUGAAGGGGGGGCAAUGGCUACAGCGUCUGGCAGGGGAGCAGGUUUCCGCGUGCCUUGCAGGGCAUUCAGCCGUGGUGCGUGCCGGUGGGGUCAAAACUGCAGAUUCUCUCAUGAAAGGAAGGCUUCACAGAUCUGCCGGCAUUUCCAGAAUGGCUACUGUGGUUAUGGAGAUGAAUGCAGUUACCAGCACCUGCCUGCCAACAUGCCAUCAGAAGCCCCUGUCCACUACUACCCAGGUCGUAGAGUUUCUGCACCUUGUGUCUUGCCCUUUUCUCAGAACUCUCGGGCUGGGCGUAGGGGCUCAGAGCCAGCAGUUCCUCCUCGGCCAACAGCUAGAGCUGAUCGCGAAAGACUUUCACAAUCUUCAAGUAGACUAAACUGGGCAUUGGCUCCAGAGUUUGUACCAAGGAAAGCAGGAUCACAGCUUGUGAGAUCUGUAUCUAGUCCCACACUUCGAGAGGAAACAAAGCUUGAAGCAAAAUGCUGUGAAGGCACACGGUCUCAAACAUCUCUGAAGAUUCUACAUUCUGAAAUGGGUUCUUCAGAUCUGCAGUAUGAACGUAGUCGGGAUGUGGUUUGUGGGAUCUGCAUGGAUAAGGUGUAUGAUAAACAGGUGGCAGAAGAACGCGUGUUUGGGAUUUUACCAAACUGCAGCCAUGCAUAUUGUGUGGAUUGCAUCAAGCGCUGGCGAAAAACCCGGGAUUUCCAGAAUGAGGUUAUAAAGGGCUGUCCUCAGUGCCGCAUAAAAUCUAGUUAUUUCAUACCUUACAAGUAUUGGAUUGGAGAGUCUGCUGAAAAGUUGAAACUUAUAGAGAACUUCAAGGCAAAGACUAGUAAAAUCCGCUGUCGCUUCUUUCUUCGUGGUAAUGGAUACUGCCCCUUUAAAUCUGAGUGUAUUUACCUCCACGAAUUGCCAUCUGGUCACCAGAGAAGAAGACGACGGGAGCAUCGUAGACCUAGUGCCCCUGCUUUGCCCUAUUCACAAAUGCUGGAAAUAUUUGAAGAGGACUUUCAUGAUGAGGAAGACUUGGAUCUUCUCCAUUGUGCUCUCGCCCUUGCUCUCAUUGAAGAUAACUUUGAGCUUGGAUUUGGUUUACCUGAAGAGGUUGAAAUAGAGUGGGGUGAAUCCAGUGACUCAGAAUAAAUACUUCCCACUUUGAAGACUGGAAACAUCUGCGUUUUGUUGGCCCACAAACCAUGCUUCCCCCUCAUUAGUUUAUCAGGUUCUAAUUUGCUUAGGACUGUUGAAUACCCAAGACUUGCUCCUGGGUUUGUCUAUAGCAGUGCUGUUAAAGCAGGCAUGAGAAGAGACCCUCAGGGUAUUCGGUAUAGCAUAUUUGGAAAGUCAAACAUUUCUGUAAAAGAAAAAAAGUUUAAUAUGUUUUGUAAUAAAGAUUUAAUACAUUAACAA